CAAACAUCAUCAAAACAAGACUUCCCUGGCCUUGGAAGCUCCACCGACCACAUCAAAUAGAAACGGCUCCGCACUUCUACAGUGUACUCUCUCUCUCUCUCUAUUCAUCUCGAGAUGGAGAGCUUACCGACUACAAUGAAAUCAGAAAGGCGAUGGAGAUCUAAGCCUCUCCAGACCUCCAAACCCUCGCUCCUAAUGGCCUUCUUCUCUUGCCUCGCUUGGCUCUACGUUGCUGGCCGAUUGUGGCAAGACGCCGAGAACAGAAAAGUACUUACUAAUCUUCUUUACAAGAACUCACUCCAGAGACCCAAGAUUCUUACAGUUGAAGAUAAGCUUACAGUUCUAGGAUGCAGAGAUUUGGAGAGGAGGAUUGUGGAAGCUGAGAUGGAAUUGACUUUGGCAAAGAGUCAAGGGUACCUCAAUAAACAAUUGCAGCAAAGUGGGUCUUCUUCUGGAAAAAGGCUUCUUGCUGUUAUUGGAGUUUAUACUGGAUUUGGUAGUCGCUUGAAGCGAAAUGUGUUUAGAGGGUCUUGGAUGCCAAAAGGUGAUGCCUUGAGAAAACUUGAAGAAAGAGGAGUGGUCAUACGUUUUGUAAUUGGUCGGAGUGCUAAUCGAGGUGAUAGCUUAGAUCGCAAUAUCAAUGAGGAAAAUCGCUCAACAAAGGAUUUCUUGAUUCUAGAAGGUCAUGAGGAGGCUCAAGAAGAGCUUCCCAAGAAAGCAAAGUUCUUCCUCAGUACUGCAGUUCAAAAAUGGGAUGCAGAUUUUUUUGUAAAAGUUGAUGACAAUGUAGACCUUGAUCUUGAGGCGUUAAUUGGACUUCUUGAACAUCGUCGUGGUCAAGAUGGUGCAUACAUUGGGUGUAUGAAGUCAGGAGAUGUGAUAUCUGAAGAGGGAAAGCCUUGGUAUGAACCUGAUUGGUGGAAAUUUGGUGAUGAGAAAUCUUACUUCCGACAUGCAGGCAGUGCUCUUAUAAUACUCUCCAAGAAUUUAGCUCAGUAUGUUAACAUAAACAGUGCAUCUCUGAAGACUUACGCUCAUGAUGAUACAUCAGUGGGUUCAUGGAUGAUGGGUCUCCAAGCAACUUACAUAGACGACAAUCGCCUUUGCUGCAGUAGCAUUAGACAAGACAAGGUGUGUUCCCUGGCUUGAUCAGAGGAGAAGGCUUCUUAUCUGAAAAAUAUGUCCACUUUCCGAAAUGGUCCAUUCAUUCAUUCGGCAAGUUUCACAUGAGCAACAUCAUUGCUUUCAGAACAUCAUGUCUGCACAUAUCUGUGAGAGAAUUUUCUUGGAUCAGGUGGCAACAGUUUUUUAUAGGAAUACAUGUUUACCUAACUGUUCUAUCAUCUCUUGUUGGUACCAGCUGUAGUGGUAGCUGGAUGCUCGUGUAUAAAUUUGAUGAAAUAAUCGAUGUUUUGUUUUUAGUCUACAGGAUAGCUUCUUCAUUUAGCUUUUGUUUCCUACAAGCUAUGCCUGUGCAUUCUUUCCCGGAGUAAAUCCAGAGUUGAGCAUUGUUUGGUGUUGCAUAAUUUAAUUAAUUUGUUAAUUUCCCAA